UAAUUAUAACUAUCGUUGGGAACCCACGAACGAUACAGAUCGAUCGUAUUGUUUGCAAUUAUAGUCUUUAAACGUUCAAUGAGGAUGCUGGUGUAUCGGUAGAGAAGUUUAUAUUUCACGAAAAUAUAAACGAAGAGAGAGCAAGACACGCAACUUGGUAGAUCAUAACCGCGGGCACCCGCAUAGUGUACCUAUUACUUCGUCCCUGGUAGUGGUGCCGGCUGUGGAUGCAGGCGAGAACGUGCGCAGCUGUAAAACGUGAGUCGCUGCGCUCCGCAGCUGAUGCGGUUCGUCGUUGUUCGUAUCUGUAUUUGUUUGAAAAAAUGCGACAGAACACUGACGAAUUUCGACAGUGUUAUUGCUACCAUUUGAACGAGGUGGACAUGUACGUGGUCCCGCGAAUAUGUCGCGAGUGAUAGUGAUACAUAAUAGAGCAAGCAUCCAAAAUGACAUUAUACAUUUGCAGGGAUAAACAAUUUCAAAAGUGAAAUAAAAAUAAGCUUAAACGUCAGAGGAAGAAAGAGAUACAAUCCAAGCGUGCAUCGACACCCCGCUAAAACCCGUGUGCAAUGUAACGGAUGUAUAUAUUUCUCAAAACAACGACAGGGCUAACUCCGUUAUGGAGGCACUGCGUUUAGCUAUACAGACACGACUAGGGGAGAGGAUGGUUAGUAUGAGCUCUAUGCUCGUGGAGACAGUUAGUAUAAAUUAUGAAGAUUUUAAUGAGAGUUUUUUAACAUGUGGCACAUGUCUUUGUGUUUAUGAUGGUGGAGAACAUACUCCCAAGUUAUUACCAUGUUCACACACGGUAUGUUUACAUUGCUUAACAAGAAUUGCUGCAUCUCAGACUCGUGAGACUGGUGCCUUUCGAUGUCCUAUUUGCAGAGAAUUAAUAACAAUUCCUCGUGGUGGAGUUCCUGCUUUACCACCUAGCUUCCUUGUGAAUCAACUGCUUGAUCUCAUGUCCAGGCAAAGACGGGAGGUUAUUCCAAAAUGUUCCGUUCAUAUAAAUCAAGAAUUGUUAUUUUGUGAAACAUGUGAUACGGUGUUUUGUACAGUAUGUACAGGCGGUAAUCAUGCAGGAACAUCACCAGGAUGUACUGAGCAUACUAUCAUACCAUUUAGUAUUGCAAUAAAGAGGAUGUCCGAAAUCUUACUUUACAAAGCAAAUGAGUGUAUAUCUAAGUUAACACAAGCUCAGGAUUCUGUGAGUACAGAAUUACAACGUUUGGAAGCUUCAAUAGAAAGGUGUUUGAGUGCUGUAGAUACUGAAUUUGCAGAAAUUAUAUCAAAAAUUGAAAGGAGACGUACGGAAUUACAAGCGGCUGUUACGGCUGCCGCAAGAGAUAAGAAGCACGUACUAGAAGAACAACAUGCUUUGAUAGAAGCCGAAAAAAAUAAAGUACAACGAGAAUGUGAAGGACUACAAUAUCAGGUUGAAGUUCGAAAUAUUACACAAAGAAUUGGCAGUUUAUCUGACCAACUCGAUGCGGCAACAGCACUUAGCGAACCUAAAGAAAAUGCUUUUAUUACUUUUGAAUUUAAUCACAAUAAUGCUCUUUCUCAGUUAGAGGAAGCUCUUAAUAACUUGGGGAGAGUACGUUCUAGUACAACAUUGCCAGGCUUAUGCAGAGCCAGGUUAAAAGAUCCUGCUAUAGUUAAACUGCAAGCAGCUGUAAUAGUAGAGACUGUUGACUACCAUGGACAUCCUAGAAAUGUUGGAGGCGAUCUUAUUACUGCAGAAUUAACCUUAGCAGAUAGUAUCCACUCAGAAAACCAAAGUUCCAGUAUUGAUACUGAAAUUGUAGAUUUAGAAAAUGGUACAUAUGAAGUACUGUUCCGACCUCCAUCUGCAAGCCGCUAUAUUUUAAAAUUGUCAGUUUUUGAGCGACCUAUUAAAGAUUAUCCUUUACUUUUUGAUGCGACUGAACAUAACGAACCUAUUAAAAUAUAUGGAAGACGUGGAACUGGAAAAGACGAAUUUCACCAACCAGUUGCAGUUGCUGUUAAUGAUGAUGGCAUGAUAUAUAUUUUAGAUACUGGAAACUCACGUAUAAAAGUACUCAAUUGUGAUUUAGAGUUUCAAAGGCACAUAACUAAUGAAGGUCUUGAAGGACGUAGUUGUACAGGAAUUGGUAUAUCUCAGCAAGGUAUUGUUGUCGUUAAUUGGAGAACACGAAAAGUAACUGAAAUGAGUUCUCUAGGUGAUACUAUUAAAUCUUUUUCCCAUAAUGCGUUUCAAGAACCAAUUGAUAUUGCAGUAGAUAGAAGUUAUGGUCAUAUACUUGUUGCAGACAAUGGUCAAAGCUGUGUUUUUGUGUUCGAUUCUGACGGCAAAAUUCUCUUUCAGGUUGGAAAGAGAAGUACAUUCAAAUUGAUCACUUCCGUGACUGUUGGACCCAAUGGUGAAAUAGUAGUUGCUGAUAGUCGUAUACAAGUAUUUUCCGCUAAAGGAGAUUUUUCUGAAGAAAUUUAUUCGGAAGGCAAAGGAAAAGGUACUUAUGGAGGCCUUGCUGUUGAUUCAGAGGGCAGAAUACUUGGUACUCGUACCGAUAAAGGUCGCAGUAUAAUCCAAGUUUUAAAGUUAGGAGGAGGUAAUAUUUUAACUGAAAUUGAUUCGCAUAGUUCAAAACUACGACGUCCCUCAGGUAUUGCAGUACUACCUGACAAUCACUUAGUAGUUGUAGACUUGGGAAAUGAUUGUAUAAAAAAAUAUAGAUAUUGGUAAAAAUAGUUGAGUUUAAAGUAUCAAAUUUGUUGUAUGUCCAACAAAAGUAAUUCAUCCAUUGCAGAUACAUACCAAAUAUGUAUUUAAUAUAACUUAAAUUGCUUUUUUACAAGAUUUUUCUGUUAUAAUUUUAUAUGUCGAUUUAAUAUCUAUCUUUCUUAAAUUUUAAUAUCUAUCAUCAUGUGUGGAUCAAUCAAAAUAAUUUGUUUGAGAUAAAAAAAUAUUGAUGGUAUUUAAUAAUAUAAGUAUUAUAUAUAAAUAUAUGUAUAAUACUUAUAUGAAACAACAUUAUUUUAUAUAUAUUUUAAAUUUUUAAAAUUGCUUUUCUAGACAUACUUGAUUAAUAUAAUAUAAUUUAUAGUAUUCUGUGUCAUGUUUAAUUUAAUUUUUUAAACUAAAGAACAAUAGAUGUGGUUUUUUUUUUUUAUUUUUUGAUGUUUAUCUUAACUAAUGUUGGGAUAUACUAUAAUAGAUAUUUUACACUGCCCUAGUUCAAAUUCAUGACAAUUACACAUAGCUCACAUAUUUCAUAGAAAUGAGUUUGCAUAAAUAUAGUAAUAGAUUCUUAAAAUUUAUACCUAAAGAAUUUUAUUUAUGGCAACAAUAAUUUAAAUAUUAAAUGAAAGAGUUCCAUUUAUUUACAAGACCUAACUAGGAUAUAUUACACAAAUCUUUAAUAGACAUAUUUUUCCUCCUAUAUUUAAUUCUAUUUGAAAAAACAAAUCAUUUAUAUUUAUUAAUGUCAUUAGUAUGUAAUGAGAAGUAAGACAAAUUAAUUUCGUAAUUAGUAAAAAAUUUAAUGUGACUUUAUAUUUAAUUACUUUUUAUAUUUAUUAUAAGUAAAAAAUACGACAUCCAUUAUAACAUGAAAUUCUGUAAUAAAACUAUCUAAAAUCUUUUCAACAAAAAUUUAAAGAAGUACGUUAAAAAUUUCUAUAUAAUUUAUCAAAGAAACCUUAAAGAUAUUUUUAUUUUUUUAUUGACAAGUAUAUUUUCUUCAUUUUCAUUGAGUCUCACAUCUUUUUUAUGGUAUUAAAAUUUUACUUUGUAAUAUUAAAUUAAUAAAAAGAUAUUUUUUUUUAUAAUAAAUAAAAAUUUAAAUUUUUGUGAAAGUCUCAAAGCAGUGACAUUAUUAGAAAAAAAUCGUCCCAAAUUUCAAUUAAUUUAGUAUGUUUAAUACAGUAUUUAAAUUACUUUUUAUGAAUUCCUAUUUUCAUAUUCAUUAAUACUUUUGGCUAUUUAUGGAUCAAUAUAAAAAGUGACUAGUGUAUUAUAAAUAGAUAAGUAGGUAAAAAUAAAUUAAGAUGCGUGCUAAUAUUUUUCCAGUAUUAUUACAAAUUGAAAGAAUGUACUUUAUUUGUAUAAAUUUAUCUUAAAUUUUGUAUAAAAUAUAAAAUUACGCAUAUAUAUAAUUUAUAUGUAUAUACAUAUAAAUUAUACUGUGUGUAAUUAUACUGUGUGUAAAUUAUUACUAUUGCUGUUAUUACUAGUAAUAAUUUACACAUUUAUAAAUGAUAUCACUUUCAUGGUAUUAUACUUACUACAAAUAAUUUACAUAUAAACUUUUUUUUAUAUCAUAAAAUAAUUUUCUAUUCACAAUUACAUAGUUACAAAAAUAUCUAGACAGUGUUUAAAACGUUAAACUUUCAACGAAUUUGUAGUAAAAAUGAUUAAAAUAAUAGAGAAAUGAUAAAGAAAAGAUAGUUUAAAGAAGUUUUACUUGCUUAAAAUCUCUGAAGCUUAAAAUUUAAUCUUAUUUUAGCACUUAUCUAUUACGUAUAAGGUUUUUCAGUCUUUUUUUUAUCACUAUUAGUAAUAAAAAAAAAUAAAGUAACAGACUAAAAUGGACUGAUGUACGAAUUAAAACACAUGUGAGUAUUGUGUUCAAUUACUAAAAUACAAACUAUUAUAAUCAAUAUAAUAAUAUUGUUACAACACACAAAUGUCUGUGUAUGGCAUUUCAUCAUUUCGUGUUUGUCAAUGUGGUCAUUAUACUUGUAUUUUUUACAUAAUUCUGUCAUCCUUAAUAAUGCUUUAAGAUACUAAAAAGUACAUAAUAAUUUUCAACAAUUGAUACAUGCGUAAAAUAUAGAAAAAGUUUGUUCUUUUGUUAUUAUUUAAAUAUAUGUUAAUUUUUUGUUCUUUACAUUUAUUAUUACUGUAAUAGAAAAAUUCUUUGCAAAUUAAAAAGUGGUAUAAUUUGAAAUUAUUUUUGGAAUUGAUGUCAAGCAUUUCUAACACUAUUUUGCGGAAUAAUGCAGCAUUCUUCAAAAUUUUAUGCAUAUGCAUACAUAUAUAUAAUACCAUAUGUAUGAAUAUACAUAUAAAUAUAUGUACGUAUGUAACAGUAAAAUUAAUUAUAAGUAUAUUAUGUCAUUAGCUUUUACUGAAAAGCAUGACAGUGCCUUUAUUAAACAAAUUUCCAUGCAAAUAUAUAUUACAGUAUAAAUUUUUGCCAUUAAUUUUAAUAUUUUUAUGCUGACAACAUAUGACAAGUGACUUAAGGUUUAAUAAUUUAAGUUGAAUCAUAGAUUCAGUAUAUUUAUAUUUAUAUUGAAAUCAUAAUUUUAUAUUGCCUUUCUCUUAAGUUAAAUAUUAUCUUCUAAUUCUUGUUUUUCAUGUGCAAGAAAUAAAAAUAAUAUAUAUAAAUUAAUGGCUGCACAUGCACACACAUUUGCCUUAGCUUUAUUUUCAUUAUUUUUAUUAUGUUCAUAUUUAUGAAUAGAAUAACAAAAGAAAUUUUGUGCUUAUUUCAAAUAUUUAUGUUUUAUUCACGCAUUUACUAACAUAUUAAAAGUUUUGAUUGAUGUUCCAAUGUUUUUGUUCAUCUGAUAUUAUUUAAUCUAGUCACAUGUUAUCAAUAGUGAACACUUAA